AUGAGUGUUAAGACAAACGACAUGAAGAAGUUAGGAUUCACUAACGAGGAAAUAAACGAAAUAUUGGAUGAGGCAGGAAUUGAAGUUAGCAGAUAUUAUUUAAGAAAUUGCCAAAAAUUCGCGGAGUUAUUAAAUGAUUUAGAUUAUGAGGGUGAGAUGAAUAAAGAUGAUGUUAUAAAUUUCUUAUAUCCUACAUCUGACAACAACGAAGAAAACGAAAAACCUAAAGAAGUGCAAGAAAUAGAUAAUAACGUUUAUGAAGAACGUAGAGGAGAAGAUGAAUAUUAUGAACAAGAUGAAAAGAAAGCGGAAGAAGUAAGAAAUGAAAUUGAUGAGGAAAUAAAGAAUGAAAAAGAAGUGGAGGAAUACAUGAAUGAAAUAAAUAAAGGGAAUUUAGAGAUGGACGAAGAAUACGAGCGUGAAUUAAACGCAGAAGCUAUGAGGAUUUAUGAAGAUGUGAAGAGUUACAACGAUGAUGUAAAAGAAAGAAUCGAAGGUACAUUUGAAAGAUUAGAUAAAAAACCAUUCGGGGAAAAGUUAGACUUGAGAAUUUACGGAAAAGAUGAACGGGGUUGUGCCAUGUGA